CAUGUAAAUUUACUUUAAAAAUUUUAAAAUUUUUUCUACGAAAUUUUAAAGAUAAACAACUUUUAACUUUAAUUUGUUAUUGUGAUUAAUCAAGACAAAUAGCCAAAAACAAUUAUAAAUUCAUGGAUGAAAAAGUAGAUGAUGAUUUACCUCAGGGCGUGUCCAGAGAGUUUUUAAAUGAAAUUAAAAAAAUCCGAAGAAAUGCCCCAAAACAUACAUUAAUAACUCGCAGCAUGUAUGAUGGCAUUUGGUUGGAAUCACUGCAGUGUAUGGAUGGGCAUGGUAUCUACACCUUUCCUGAUGGUAGUGAAUAUCGUGGCUAUUUCCUUAGAGGACAUUUUCAUGGUUAUGGUACUUUACACUUGGUUGCGCCUUACGGUUUUACCUUUAAAGGCACCUUUAUAAAUGGCCAACUGGAUGAAAUAGAUGACAUGUGGUUUGAUGAUGGUCUAUGUGUGAAAGCUGUCGUAGAUAAUUUGUCUAUGGAUUUUAGUUCUUGGAAAUAUUGCACUAAAGAUCGUCGUUAUGUAGAGGAACAACGUGAAGGUCUACAGCCAGUAGGUCCAUUUUCUAGACUCACACCACAACAACCAGCACGUAACUUGAGAAAAAAUCAUUACGAUACCGAAGAGGGUAUAUUCAAUCCUCUUAGUGGUUUAUUAAUCCAACGUCCUGUACCCUUUCCCAGCAUGUAUUUCGUAGCCUGUAAGAAAGAAACUGAUUGGAUUUUAAAAAAUUGUCGCCAUGGUCCCUUAGAGAAUAGAAAAGUUGAUGCCGAAGUCUGCCAUAAAAUCAUACGAAACAAUCUGAAUAGUGAAAUUGAAAUUGCUGAACAUGUACCCAAUUGCAAUUAUGAUCAAGAUAAAAAUCGUCAGCGCUAUUUUUCCCAACUAUGUCAAGAAGCAAAUGUGGGACAGUUGUCAAAUGACACUGAGGACACAGAAGAUUCAAUUGGCUGUCGUUUGCGUAAUAGUUCUUCCACCUGCACCAGUUUUUCCACCACUUCUAUGGAUGUUGAUGUACAAGAGGUCUUGUUUCUAGCUGAUGAAUAUGAUCAUUAUAAAUUGGGUCGCAAUCCGAGUCAAGAGGGUCCAGUAAUGAUAAAGGAUCGAAUUUUUACCAAGAUUUCCGAAGUAUAGUAAAGAAUAUAUAUUAUUUUUUUAUUACAGAAACUAUUUAAAAUUAUAUUUGUUAAUUAUUUAA